GCUUCAAGCUUCAAGGCUUACAUUGUGGCCAAAGGAUGUCGGUUGCAGUUCCAUACUGUCAGCACUUUGGCAGAAUCGAUCCUGCCGAUGGCUUGCCGGAUCUAGCGAUCUCAGACUCAGACACGGUUGUUUCAACUUGACCCUGAACCAUCAUGCACAACAAUCUGCCCGACGACACAGCGCGUCCUCCCCGCUCGUCAUGGAAGUGGCCCCAUUUCCCAGGUACGGUGCAUGAUCCCGAGAAGGGUAUUCCCGAGGAAGUGUACAAUGAGCUUGUGAGAUACACAAAGUAUGCAUCUGGCGCGUAUCAAGUCCUAUGCCCGCGUCCGAUGGGAAACACACUGGUUGCCCAGUUUAUAAAUCCAAUUACGGGUACCCAAGGUUUCAUCGCUCGCGAUGACACGAGGAAAGAACUUGUGGUUGCAUUCAGGGGCAGUCGUGAGAUUUCAAGCGCGAUCAUUGAUACGUCUCUCCUGCUUUCCCCACUACGUGGACCAGGCCUUCCAGAGAACACAGAUGCCCACGUGCAUACAGGCUUUCUUUAUGCUUUUAGAAGCGUUGGAGAUCGCGUACUUAAUGUCUUACGCGAGCAGUUUAAAGAGUUUCCGCAGUAUGAUGUGACUGUGUCCGGUCAUUCGCUUGGAGGCGCCAUCGCAUCAAUUGCAGCGGUAUCUAUCAGGAACAGUUUCCCUGAUGCUGCGCUGCGAUUAUUCACAUUUGGCCAGCCAAGGACAGGGGAUCAAUCAUUCGCUGAGCUCGUGGAAACUCUGAUUGGAGUGGAUAAUGUUUUUCGAGGCGUGCAUUCAUUCGAUGGUGUGCCCACAAUGAUACCUACGAGGCUAGGCUACAAGCAUCACGCUACGGAAUAUUGGCAGUUCACCGAACCACCGGCCCCGCGUCACGUACGUAGAUGUGUGGGCGCCGAAGACCCGGAAGGCAGUGCAUCCAUACCAUCGACUGGUAUCAAUCCUGCGCAUAUGGUGUAUUUCGAACAGCCGAUUGCCUCGGAUCCGACCGUUUGCAUCUGACAUCUGCGAUUUCGGGUUGAUCCAGAUAUUGUUGAUAGCCGAUGAGCCUCCCUCUUUAGCCCCCCUAUUUUCGUAUAUGUGUAUAUUUCUUUCCCCCGCCAUACUACUGGUACGUCCUUCGUGAAGGCGUCCAUGGAUUGAUUGCGUUUCUGAAAGUCACAUGGAUGGUUUGGUUGUACUAGUUGAGUUUCCAUUAUGUAUUAUUGUACGAAUCACUUCGACUCUUUGAAGCCGCUCAUGUGAAGAUAUUUCGCCCGUUUCCGCCUUCA